AUUUUCAAAUGGGUACGAGCGACGGUUAGAUAUAAAUAUUCGAAAUUUUAUUAAUUGAUCUAGGAAUCUAAGAGUGUUUUUUUAACGUUCAUAUUUUUAAUACAUCCAUAAUAUAGAAGAAAAAACAUGGACCCUUUCAAUAUCAAUAUAUUUCUGAAGAAUGUUGAUAAUCAAAACAACCAACCAACUAACCAAAAUCAACAUAAAAGAAAACCAGAACAGUUUGAAAGUGUGGCUGGCGGGGUUAAAGUUCGUCGCGAAUUAAAAAAAAGGGAAAGGAAAAGUAUUCGUUUGGUGGCUUUUGAUACUAUAAGAGAUAUACCAAAAGCUGAAAGUAACUUACCAGUUAUAAAGCAGGAAGAUAAAGCUGAACAAAGGAGGUUACAAUUAGAGAUAUGGAAGAUGGAGAAGGAGAAGAAGAAAAGAGAAGCUGCAGCACUGAAGAAGAAGCCAUUUAUUGUGGGAAUUGCUCAUGGUCCUAUUAAAGUUCAGUCUAUACCUCCUCUAAGGGCUAUACCCAGUACAUCUGGAAGGGUCACCAGAUCGCAAACUGUACAGAGUAAUAAGUUACAGACGAAAAAAUUGUCACAAAAUGCCUCUUCAUUUGCCCCAAAAAAUGCAGGUUUUAACCCAAAUAUAGAUCAUUUAGAGGCAUCAAAAUUUCAACUAUCCAUAAUAGACAAAACUCAAAAACAAUUAAAGCUAGAGCCAAAACAAACUGAGGAAAAAGUUCAAACACAAAAACUGACAAUCAAGGCAGAAAAACCAAAUAAAUUAUGUAGAAUAAAAGGCAUUUCUGAGCCACCAUUAAAAACCGUCAAAGGAAAAAUAUCACAAAAGCCACUAUCAAGUAAUAAUGUAAAAAAUACAAUUCCUAAAUGUGAGUCUAGUUCGGAAGAAAAGCUCAGAUCACCAAAGAAUGAUGUAGUAAAGACCCCUGAAAACAAGAUUGGAGAGGCUAUAAAAAUUAGUCCAUAUGUUACUGUGUCAAGGGGUAAGGAAAAUGCUCGCAAAGAAAUGAAAAAGAAAAUUGAAGAAGGACUUUUAGAUGAUGAUUACAAUGAUUUGGGAAGUGUGGAACACUUCAAAAACCAGUUAAAUUCAGAAAUUAAGAGAAUCACUGAGAUGUGUAAUACCUGGGAGAAGAUAUCAAUGCAGGGUGUGCUGCCUGAUGCUGUUGAAUCCGCGAUUCUGGGUGCGGUGGGUCAGGGUCGUCUGCUCGUGUCGCAGAAGAUGCAGCAGUUCGCGGGACUGGUGGCGCGCUGCGAGCAGCCGGACCCUCGCCACCCGCUGGUCACCGCGGCCGACCUUCAUGGAUUCUGGGACAUGCUUUUUAUGCAGGUUGAGAACAUUGACAUACGUUUCAAAGAGUUAGAAGAAAUGAAAGCUCGGGGCUGGUUAGCGAAGGAGCCGCAGAAGGUAAUGCUAAAGAAGAAGGUGACGACCACCGUAGCGGCUGACAAGCCCGCAGCCACCAGCAGGAUCCGGGAUAUGAUAGCAGCCGCAAGAAGAGCUAAGAAGGAGCAACAAGUAAAACAAGCAGAUGGACCUGAGCGAGAUGCGGACAGCGGGACCAAGACCUUCGACGCCGGGUUCUUUUGUGUUCUGUCUCCAGUGCGAGUAGCGCCGGCACCUGCCACGCCUCGCCCGCAGCGUGUAUUGAACGAGGAAUACUUCCCUUCCAGUGACACCAAGAAUUCUUCAAGGAUGUCGAUGGCGAUGAUGCGCGCUUCGUUCAUUAGCCGCGGCUGCAAGGACGAUGCCAUAGUUGCUGAUGAACCUCAGGAGGAUCUCAUACAGUUCACCCCAGUAAACUUAAAGGCCACACCUGGAAGAAGCAUAUUAAAAUCAGGCAACACUACAAAAGCUAACAGAUCAUUGAAGUGUGUUCUAUUUGAUAGUUCCGACAAUGAUCUGCUUCAGCAGUCCAUCGAUGCUGACAUUAGCGGGGUGAAGGUGUUGGCCAAUACAUCUAUUGAUAAUGAAAAAGAAAAUAUCUGCACGAGGAAGAGCAAGCCGCGGUUGGAGAGACAAAAUGCUGUAUCCAGCCCUGUUAUGACGAGAAGCAGAAGGAAAAGUCAGCAAUUAGUGAAUGAAGAAGAUGUCUUCAGAGAAAUGGAAAAUACUCCAUCGCGAACACCGCGCCGUUCGUCAAGAAGAAAGUGAGUUGUGCUACUUGGAGAGACAUUAGACAGUUCUACGUCUCGAGAUGAAGACGGACUAAAGUUCGUCUUUUUUAUUAUGUAAGUUACUUUAGAAACAUGUUUUAAAAUUGUGUGAUAUUUGUGUUGAUAAUCAAUACUGGCCAUAGCCAUGUCAAUUACUGUGCUAGUGAUAAGAUAUUUUGUAUGGAGUAAUCAUGAUGUAAUCUUAUGUGAAAUUAUAGAAAUAUUAACUCACUACACAGAACAACGAUUGGUGCGAUAAUGAAAGGAUAGCGAAGCCCCCCUCCUGCCGGCGCUGUCUGAAGUCGUACCGAUUCGGUCCAUUGCGAACUGGUACUCGUGCCCGACCAGCUCUUUUCUGUAGUCUGUAUUUUACUUACGUAGAACUAAGCUGAGUGUAAGCUUAAUAUAAUGUUUGAUUUAGUUACUACUUAUUGCCAUUUGACAGCUGAAAUUAUGCUGAGCUUAACAAGUUCACACUUGGCUAAGUUUUACUUAAGUCCACAGAAAACGGUGACCUAUAAGAAUUUGAUAUUUGACUUCUAUUUGAAACUAAUACAAAAGUUAGUUAUCCUUCAAGUCUCAUAAUAUUCAACGUGUCAGUUGAUACAUCUUUUCCUUUGAACACUUCUACUGUCAAUACUUAAUUUUCUACUUGAGUUUUACAUUUCUAUUAUUUAUGUUUUAGUAAUGGGGGUUAAAGCAUGAAAUCGCCGUUUUAUUGUUAUAUGGACUUCGAAUUGAUAUCGUUCUUAAUUUAAAAAUGUGCAGUAUUCGAUUAUCGACUUUCAGUUGUCUUUUUUUAUUCAGCUUAGACAAGAAGAAAGAUGGAUGAUUUUUGAAUACAAGUUCCUACGCGGAAACGGGAACGGGUCAGAAACAGCUCGCAAUAUCAAUGUUGCGUUUGGAGAGGGGACUGCUAAUGAACGCACCGUGCGAUUUUGGUUGAAACGCUUUCGUGAUGGAAACUUGGUGACACUCGUGAAACACAAUGAAUUGAAAGAGAUGGUGGAGCCAACAAUAUUGACUCAUUUGCGUCAAAUUAAUAAAAUAAAAAAGUAUGAAAAAUUGUUGCCUCAUGGUUUGACUGAUCUGCAGAAAGAAAUGCGUGUUGAAACUCGUGUUGUCAUUUUGAAUCGAUACAGAAAUGAAGGAAUAUUAGAUCGAAUUGUGACAUGCGAUGAAAAGUGGAUUCUUUACUAUAACCGUAAGCGAAAAAUAGAAUGGCCGACCCUAGUUCAAACACCGCAACGUGUUUAGGACACCCAAAGCUUACCAAUAAAAAGAUAAUGGUAACACUGUUCGGUGGUCUCAGCGUGGUGUUAUUCACUAUAGCUUUCUCCGAUCUGGUCAAGCAAUAACGGCAGAUAUCUAUUUAAAACCAUUUCUCACUCUCCGUAUUCGCCAGACGUUGCUCCAACGGACUACCUGUUCUCUUCAGAAUUCAAUUUUUUUCCUGAUUUGGACAAUUUUUUAUGUGAUAAAAACUUUUCUUCUUAGGAGGCAGUACAAAAUGCUUUCACACAGUUUGUCGAAUCUAGAUCACCACAGUUCUAUCGCAAUGGCAUGAAUGACCUUACUAUAAGUUGGUAAUUAUUUUGAUUAAAUAAAUUUGUUAAAGUAAAAAAAAAGAAAUUCAAUUUUACAGUACAAAUCGGCAAUUUCAUACUUUAACCCCUAAUAUUAUGUAUAAUCUAAAGUACUUGUAUAUUAUUAAAAGAGGCUCCACUUCUUCACAUACCACUAUUAUGUGUGUAUGGUCCUGAUUAACCUUUCCACAUCGGACGUGCCCGCAGGCACUGGAAAUUCAAAAAACAAAGAGAGCGGCAGUGCCCCUUUUACCUCACCCAGUUUUCACCCUUAUUUGGUGUACAAGAUGGUUUAUUUGUCUACGCAAUUAUGAACGAGUGAAGUCCGAUACACAUUUCGAUCCGUUACGAUUCAAGGCCACCAAUAUUCGACGUCAUAGCUUUACGGACAUAGCAUUUUUGUGUUCACUUGUUCCCGGGCGGCGCAGCGAGCGGUCGUUAUCAAGACUUUGCACGAAGAUUGUUCUUUGUGGAGAUUUUGGUUUUAUUUUAUAAUGAACAUAUAAUGUUCAUUACAAAAACAUAAAAGGAAAUUAAUAAAACAAGUAAUUAACAUUGAAAAUCAACAUUUAUUUUAAAAUAUACCUAUUUUUACACUUAUUGUCGAAUGAAAAGUCUGUGUGAAAUAAAAUAGAAACACAAUAUGAAUAAUUUAUACAUGGUCUUAUAGCUUGUUUCAAUAGCUUUCAGUGACAGUCACUUAAAUCACCCUAGUUAUAAGCAUUUUAUAACUACACGUAAAAAAAUACGCACGGGGAAAACGCUGCGCGAGCGCCGAACGCUUGCCGAUCUAAGGUGUACAUCAAGCGGCGGAGCGCGCUGAUCCGGAAAGGGGUACAAAGCCAAAUUAAUUUAUUAUUUAUAAUUUAAUUAAUGUAUUAUUUUAUUGUCAUUGGUCCUUGAAUCUGGUGCAAAUUACAAUACGCUUAUGUAUGGUUAUGGUUACAUAUUUGUAUGUGCUCACACCUAAAUGGACACAAUUUGUACCUGAACUUUGAUUGUCAAAAAAAUCCAUCCACCCAUGGUAGAACCCAGCAUUGAACCUUUAUAAUAAACCACCAAAUGUUAAAAGGCAUAAAAGACAUUUAUUUUCUCAAAAUGGAUUCCUUUAGUUAAUUCUUUUUGAUAUCAUUUCUAACACUACCACCGCUUCAGAAAUAAAUGGCACUAAAGCCAAUAGAAAAUAGUGACUAAGAAUUAAACAUUACUUUAACGAAACAUUAAUUGAGUAUAUGUCUCAAACUUAAUUAUUUUUGUGUUGGAUAUUAAUUAAUUUAUUGGUAUAUCAACAAUAUGGGCCCCAUAAUAUUUUAUAAUACAUUUUAUUGUAAUACUAAAUUAAAUAACAAUUGAAAAAAGGCGGAUUUUUUUUUAAAUGGAGCUCCUGGUUUAUACUUUUUUAAACGAGAAAGUGUGACUAUUUUGCUAAACGCGUCAAAAUAAAAUUGAAUUAUUUGUAUUAUUUUUAAAGUGGACAUGUUAACAUCUUAUGAUUUCUGACAAAAAUAUUUCACAAUAUAAUGUUCCCUAAACAAAAUGGCCGCCGCCAGCUAAAGCCAACUAAUAAGUUUUGUCUUCAAAAGCGAUGCGCUUUGUUUAAUGGCUGUUAUAGACAAGAGAAAUUAAUAAUACAGCCGGUAGAAAAUUUUCUUUGGUGUUUUUGUCUAGGGAUACAUAGAAGGUGGAAACGCUUGCCAUGCUCACUUGUGCACUGGAGUUUAUGGGAGGUUAAAAACUCAGUGAAUUUUAUAUAGCUAUAGAACUUCCUUUUCAAAUAAAAAAAAAAGUUUUUUACAUUGUUAAGCAUUUAUUUUUAGGUUUUUUUUUAAAUAAUAAUGUCUAUUAAUUUCAAUUCAUCUUUUUGUAAUAACCUCUUUGUUGUUACAUAGAUUAAAUAUAAGAUUGGUAACUGUAGUGCCCUAGUUUGUGACAUGCGAAUGAUUUUGAACCUUAUAUGGUAAGUCUUUAAAUUGAUUACUGAAAUAUGUCCUGAGAGUAAAAUUAAUUAGGAAACUGUUGUCUUUUCAUUACGAUAAUGUUAAUUAUAUAAUUGUUACUAAAGAUUGUCGUAUAAUAUUUUGUGUUUGUAUUUUCAUUGGGAUUUUAAUAAAUAAGAAUUUAUGUUUUAAGGCUGUGUAAUAUAUUUGUAUUUCAAACCUAUUGAGACAUUUAACAUAAUAGUAAUUUAAGUCUUGAAGUUAUUACACUAUUAUACUUAAUAAUUAUUGUGUUUAUAUUUCAAUUUUUAUUGUUUAUUUAAUCACUUAAUGAUUUAAUUUAAUGUAUGGCUACUUCGUAAUAUUGUCAUGUAGACACUUGCGGAAUUGUUGGCUAAUUCUGUAAUAUGUCAUUUUCAUUGAAUACUUUAAUUAAAUACUUUAGA